AUGGUCAGCAUCAUGAAGCUCUGGACACCUCUACUCGUGACAGUCCUGUGUAUGGUGCUACUGUCUGUGCUGGGAGAUCUUAAGGAAAAACCAAUAGACAGGGAUAACACAUUAAUUGAAGAGUGCUGGGGAUAUCCAAACAUCCAUGACUGUACCAAGAAGUGUUCUAAAACCUUCAAGUGUUCAAAAAAAAAUUACAUAUGCUGUUGGACUUACUGUGGAAACAUCUGUUGGCAAACUAGAAAAACCUAUAAAAGGUCGCUAAAACCGUAA